CUCCACUUAGCAUGACACCAUCUCAUAUUUUGACUGUUCCCUUUCUUAUAUUUUUUCUCUGAAGAAGAAAUUUCUAGGGCAAAAAAAAUGGGUCUUCCCAAAAAACCCAAUCGAAACCUAGAUUUCCGUUCCGCCAAAGACGAGGCUUGGUACACUGUUGGUAAGGUGUCCAUCAGCAAGACGAAGAACAUUCUCACUGUCAGAUUCGCUGGGUUUGAUAAGGAAGAUGAUGAAAAAUUCAGUAUCAAAGAUUUUAAAACAGUGAAAGAACUGGAUGAUUUUCUGAACAGAUUUCGACCAGCUUGUGUUCAGCUGCAAGAUAAAGACUGUGCUGCUUUGAGUCGUGGCUUUGAAGUUUGUGCAUUGCUUGAUCUAGGCGAAGAAGAUAAAAAGUUCUAUGAUGGAAAAAUUGAGUCGAUAAGCCGCAAGCGUCACAGACGUAAAGGAGGAGAAGAGACUUGUUCUUGUGCAUUUGUAGUUGGGUGGUCAGAAGGUCCAAAGGCUAGAAGUACUCAACAGAUGGGAAUUGAAAGUAUUUGCAAACUUGAACAAGGAUCUCCAUUGUUUGAUCAAGCGCUGGCAUAUUUCGUGAAGAUGUCGUCAAAACAGCUUGAUUUGGUUUCAAAUGAAAAUCGAUUGCCAGUCAAAAAAAAGGGAAGGAGGGCGCAGACUUGACAAACAAAGGCAGGCAUUUUCAUACAAAAUCAGUUGCUUACCACAAAGAAAGACGCACACUUCCUCAGCUGGCCCAGCAAUCAUAUGCCUCCACAAAGAAACAUUCAGCUACCCAUAUAGCAGACUUGAAAAAAUAAUGCUGCCAUGUUGAAGAACAUGACGGCUUCAAAGUUACUUUUCCAAACAAAAUGUCCCAAAAGUAAAACAGGAACUGUCCUUUUUGAGCGUUUUCCAGUGGGAAGAUACUCACAUGCUUUUCCUGUGUCUUCUUUUACUAUUCUCUUCUAUCCAAAAACAUGUAGUUUUGCCAUCUGAAAUGUGUGAUGUUGUUCAGUUUAGGGCUUAUAAAUAGUUUGCAUUAUGAGUUUUACUCAAUGCAUAGAACAA